AUGGUUCUUGAUAUUGAUUUGUUUCGUACGGAAAAAGGUCACGAUCCUCAAGUUAUUCGCGAUUCUCAAAAGAAACGUUAUAAACGUGUCGAACUUGUUGAUCAGGUCGUGGACUUAGACUCUCAAUGGCGAACACUCCGUUAUCAAGCUGAUCAAUGGAACAAGAUAAAAAAUCUCUGCGGACGAACAGUCGGAACAAAGAAACAAGCCAAGGAAAAUGAAGGUGACUCGGAAGAAUUUCCUGAAAGUUUCAAAAUUGCUUUGGAUGAUUUGAAUGCGGAUACUAUUGGUAAAUUGACAAUCAAACAAAUAAAACGCCUCAGUUUGUUAAUCGAUACCGAAAUCGAGAAAGCUAAAGAAAAAUUAAUCAAAGUUGAAAAUGACAGAAAUGCCGCAUUACAUGAAAUUGGAAACAUUGUUCAUCAUUCAGUACCAGUCAGUGAUAAUGAAGAUAACAAUGUUACUGAACGAACAUUCGGUGAUGUGGAAACACGAAAAAAGUACUCGCAUUUCGAUCUGAUGUACAUGAUCGACGGCUAUGAUGGAGAUCGUGGAGCGUCAGUUGCUGGAUCUCGCGGUUAUUUCAUGAAGGGCCCGGCUGUGUUUCUUGAACAAGCAAUCAUUCAAUUAGCAUUAAGAAUUCUAAAUGACAAAGACUUCGAGAUCUUGUACACACCAUUCUUCAUGCGCAAAGAGGUCAUGCAGGAAGUCGCACAAUUGAGUCAAUUCGAUGAAGAACUCUAUAAGGUUGUUUGUAAAAAUGAUAAACCCGAUGAGCCAAGUGAUGAAGAAAAAUAUUUGAUUGCUACUUCCGAACAAGCUAUCGCUGCGUUUCAUCGAGAUGAAUGGCUUGCGGCUGAACGAUUACCAAUUCGUUAUGGUGGUAUUUCCACCUGUUUCCGACAAGAAGCUGGUUCUCAUGGUCGAGACACACGUGGUAUUUUCCGUGUACAUCAAUUUGAAAAAAUUGAACAAUUUUGCAUUACAUCACCUCAUGACAAUGAGUCAUGGAAGAUGUUCGAAGUAAUGAUUGGUAAUGCCGAAGAAUUCAAUAAACAACUUGGUAUUCCCUAUCGUAUUGUCAAUAUUGUUUCCGGUGAAUUGAACAACGCAGCGGCGAAGAAAUUCGAUUUAGAAGCUUGGUUUCCCGGCUCAGGCAAAUUCCGUGAACUUGUUUCCUGUUCCAAUUGUCUUGAAUAUCAAUCAAGACGAUUAAAAAUUCGUUACGGUCAAACAAAGAAGCUCAACGAAUCCUCGGAAUAUGUUCAUAUGUUGAAUGCAACCAUGUGUGCAACAACACGAACAAUUUGUGCCAUUCUUGAAAAUUACCAAACGGACGAUGGUAUUAUUGUACCAGAAGUUCUUCGACCAUUGAUGCCGAAAAAAUACGCGGAAAAGAUUCCAUUUGUUAAAGAAGCACCGGUGGAACAAGAAUCAAAAGCAGCUGCUUCUGCUAAGAAAAAAUAA